GUGCCAGGAGCGAUGCGGCUGCUCUUACUGGCCGCUCUGCGAGCCGGGACGGGGAACGGCACGACCGCUCGCAGGAUCCAAGACCAUCUGCAAACAGCCGGCCAUAUGUGCAUCCUCAAGGAUACUUCGGACUAUGAGUCGCCGCUGGCAGUUGCCGAUCUCAUCUCUUCUAAGAACUUUGAGGCCGCCCUUGGUAUCCAUAUUUAUAAAGCAGGCAGACUUCUGCAAGGGAGUGGAAUCCCUUUUGGCAUCAUCUUUGGCGGGACAGAUAUCAAUGAAGAUGCCAAGUGUGACAAGAAGUCCCAGGUGAUGGGGACCAUCUUGGAUGAAGCCAGGUUUGCUGUCUCUUUCACAGAGGCCAUGAAAGAAACAGCCGCUUCAUACUGGCCUCGCACCAGGAGCAAAAUACAUGUCCAAAGUCAAGGGAUUGUGACCGCCCACAACCCAUCUUUUAACUGGAAGAAGUUACUGCAGAGUUCAGGGAUUCUCCAGGACAACAACUGUUCGUACCUCUUUCUUUUGAUAUGUGGUCUCAGAAGAGUCAAAGACCCGCUGUAUUUAGUGGAUGCUUUUUCAGACUGGCACAGAAAGGAAACUGCUGUACAUCUGAUUAUCAUUGGACCCGCAGUUGAUCCAGUGUUUGCAGAGGAAGUAAAGGAGAAAGUUAAAAGGGCGGAUGGAGUACAUUUGCUGCCGGAGAUACCUCAGGAAGAUCUUCACGCUGUUGUGAAAAACUGCUUUGCCGUUGUGAACAGCUCCUCUUCAGAGGGGAUGUCUGCCGCUGUCUUGGAGGCGAUGGAUCUAAAAGUUCCAGUGCUGGCAAGAAACAUCCCAGGGAAUGCUGCAGUAAUCACACAUAAAACGACAGGAUUGUUAUAUUCAAGCCCUCAGGAGUUCAUUCAGCUGUCCAAAACUCUGAUAAGUGACCCAUCUUUGCAAAGAGAGAUUGUGACCAGGGCAAAGGAAUACGUCACCAAGCACCACUCGUGGGACCACGAAAGGAAAGCAUAUCAGAAUAUGGUGCUGAAACUUCAAUGAACCUCUUUGUAUCCUCUUUGUGUGACUGGAUCAGCCCAACCAACCAGAGACUGGGUUCUUUUGAUUAUUAAUAAGACUUGAUAAUACUUUUUUUCUUUCCUGCAUCAUCCGUUUGAGGAAUCUGCCACUCCAUGAAGUUGAAAUACACCAGCUGUGGUCUGGAAUGACGACUUACAGAGGGAAAUCUUAGCAGCUCAUGGUACUCAUUUAUAUAGUGAUACACAUGAAUGUGUUCAUUGUUUACAUAUAUAUCUGUGUCAAUGUAUGUAAAUAUACAUAUGUCAGUAUUUUAAUACUGAGAGAUUAUAGGCCAGGGACAGAAUUUGGCCACCAUACUUGACAUAGGACCGGGGUGGGGGGUGGGCAGGAGAAAAUGGCUCCUUCCCUCACUAACAUCAUCUCCAAGUUACUGGGGGAGAGGUUGUAUGUCCACUCCAACCAAACCAAGAAAUGAGUCCAGACGAGGCAGAAAGAAUUCCUUAUUAUAGGUUCUGGAGGCCUGAUACAAUCUCAGGGCAAUUGUUGUCUGUGGAGAAGCACACCUGAGAUUGUCUAUCAGGACAAGAUGAUGGCAUUGAUGAGACAAAGAGAUGGAGGAGUCGGGGAAGGGUAGUUGGGGAAACAUCUUAGAAUUGCUCUCUCUGCCUCUUGCCCACAUCAAACAGGGCCUUUUGGUCCAGGUGCGUCCUUUGUAGUUUGGAGAGAAUGUCCCUCACUCUAUUCGGGAAUUAACAAGGGGAAUAGAAGCCUCAAGUCAGUCAUUUAGUUUUAGUUUCCGUCACAACACUGAAGUGAGGAUGUUGGCUAAAGAUGUCACACAAGGGCCACCAUUGUAUUGGCAGAUAUUUGUGCAUUCGAAUUUAUUUAUAAAGUACCAGAAAGCAGUAGCUACCUCAAAACAGAAAUGACUGUAGUUCUGUGAACUUCUUCAAUGGUCUGAACUCUGACCACAAGAUUUUCAAGCUUUGCAAAAGGGAAGUUUGAAGAGUCAUUUCUAUGUGGCGCUCGGUAGGAUCUGACUUGGUUGUGCUUGCGUUUGUCAUCUGAACUCCUCGGUCAUUUUUAUUGUUAGGCAUAUUUUAAUAGGAAUCUGUGUUUCAAAAAGGGAAUUAAAGGAGACUUGU